AUGGGAAGGUCUCCUUGCUGUGAGAAAGCUCAUACAAACAAAGGAGCAUGGACUAAGGAAGAAGAUGAUCGUCUUAUUGCAUAUAUUCGAGCUCACGGUGAAGGCUGCUGGCGGUCGUUGCCCAAGGCUGCCGGCCUUCUUCGUUGUGGCAAAAGUUGUCGUCUCCGGUGGAUCAAUUACUUGAGGCCUGACCUCAAACGUGGAAACUUCUCUGAGGAAGAAGAUGAACUUAUUAUCAAAUUCCAUAGCCUUCUUGGUAACAAAUGGUCCCUUAUAGCAGGUAGAUUACCAGGAAGAACAGACAAUGAGAUAAAAAAUUAUUGGAAUACUCAUAUAAGAAGGAAACUUUUGAGCAGAGGUAUUGAUCCCACAACUCACAGGCCAAUCAGUGAACCAGCACAAGAAACUACAACAAUUUCUUUUGUUGCUGCAAACACUACUAAAGAAGAAGAAGAAGAACACAAAAUCACUGCUGGGAUUUCCAACACAGAAGAAAAUAUCCCGGAUUUGAAUCUUGAGCUUAGAAUCAGUCCUCCUUGUCAACAACCACAGACUGAGCCAUUGAAGACAGGAGGAAGAAUUGGCAGUGUAUGUUUUGCCUGCAGUGAAAAUCAAUGCAGUUGUGUUAUUAAUGGUAGCAGCAGCAGUAAUGGCGGAUAUGACUUUUUAAGGUUAAAGGCUGGUGUUUCAGACUAUAGAAGCUUGGAGAUGAAAUGA